AUGGUUCACCGAAAGUCUAGUGUGAUCCAACCCACUAUAACCAAUAAUUCUCAUAAGAUCAGUACUAUUAGUACAAACAAUAAUUCUAAUAAGAUCACUACUACUACAAACAACAUCGAGAUCAAUGGUCCAGAUUUCGAUUUAACUCAAUACGAAAUUAGUUGUAUCAAAGCUUUAUGGACUACAUUGGAUAUUAUAUAUCCUGGGAAAUCUUUAUCAACAAUAUCUACUAGAAGAUCAUCUAUAUCUAGUUUCAAUUCAGAAACUAGUAGGACUUCUUUACCAAUAACUCUUUCUUACAAUGAUUUCAAUUACAAUCGAUUCAAGUACAUUCUUUGCGAAAAUAUAUACUAUGCUACUCAUUCUGAUCAUUCUUUCUUAGAAAAUGAAUAUGAUAUAAUACUUUCCGGUUUCCAAGUACCUGAAAUGAUUGAUUUAAUGGCGGUAAUGGUUGAUUGUCUUGAAUAUAAUAGAAAUUUACCAUUACAAUAUAUAACUAGAAUUGCAAAAUUUAAUCAAAGAGUUCAUAACCUUGAAUCAACUGAUUAUCAAAUAUUCGGAGAUUGUUUAAUAUCAACAGUGAUUUCCACUAUGCCUGAUGAUUCAAUUAUGGUACUUGAAAAUCAAUCAUCAUUUAAUAGAUUCAUAGCUCAAUUAUUGAAUAUUUUGGUUUAUUAUAGUAAAGAUGCAUACUUAUCUGAUAAAUAUCUUACAUCAUUGGCAGUUGAAAGUAUAAUAAUUACAGAUGGAGAAACAUUCUUACCACCACCACCAUUAAUUAAUUCAUAUUCUACUAAUAUGUCAGUUUCAUCAAGUUCAGCAUCUCAUUAUUCAGCUGUAUCUUCAGUUUCUUCUAAACAAUUAAGUGAAACUUCAUCUCAAUUAUCAUUAUUUCAAUCUAAUGAAAUUGAUCAAGAAUCAGAAGUCUUGGAAUAUGAUCCAUCUAUUAAACCUAUAUUAACUUCUAAAACAGUCAUUUCACCUACACAAUCCAUUGAAACUUUAAAUACCAUUAAUCAUGACUCGAACUACACCUACAAUCAUACACAAGAAGAAGACGAUGAGAAUACAGCUGAUGAUUUUGAAAUGGGUGAUGAUUCCUUUGAUUAUCUUAACUCAUUUGGAUCUGAUUCAUCUAAAAAGAAUAAAAAGAAGAGAGCAUCGAUCUUAAAGAAAUCAACUCCAACACCAGCAAUGCGUAGAAGUACAUCUACAAGUAGUGGAACCACAUUAUCAAGUAUGGCAUCCAAUAAAUAUUCGACUACAUCUACAGCAUCAAAAAGAAUGCCUUCAAAUGUUUCAAGUCAUCCUAAAAAGGGAGUCACUGCUCCAAAUUCAAUUUAUUCACGUCCUUCCGGUAAUGGAUCUCUGGAUAAUUGCGUAAUUAUGUAG